UUGUAAAGUGCGAAAUUUGCAAUACAUUUUGUACUUCCAUUUUUAUGUUGAAAUUUUCAAAACAAAUUAGUCAUAAAUUAAGUUGAAAUUGUUAACAACGCGUUUAAGUGUUAUUGCCGCAUUGAAAUUGUAUUAUUGCAAUGAUGUACAUAGUUUAAAAUUUCUUCCCCACAUGUCGUCGACGUCGUUGUCGUCACCAGUAAAUACGUAUACGUGCUUAAGUUGUGCUAAGCAGCGACUGUAGGAACAAAAAGCAGAGAGGAAAAAAACAAUAUACAUAUUUAUAUAUAUAUAAACCAAACAACAACAAGAAAAAGGGCAGAAACAAAAGCUACGAAAGUUAAGCACUUUGGUUUUGUCUUUUGCUUUUGCUUUCCGUUGUGUUCGUCGUUUCUCUUUUGUAUGCCAAGCUCAACUCCUUUGAAAAAAGAAACCGCGCUCAACACUCCUCCACAUCAACAACACCAACAACAAUAAAAAACGCACGUUUCCCAACACACGCACAUAAAAAUAGUAGACCAGAGAGCGUUUAGAGUGGUAGAGAGUGAGUUUGAGAGCGCAAAAGCAACUCCUUGGCCUUAUUAUUUUUGUUGUGUGCGAUUGGUUGCGUUGCUGUUGUUGUUGUUGCUGCUGCUUUUGAGUGCUGCCUCCUGCUAACUUGCGCGCGCCGUUCAACGAAAGCUGUUCAACUGUCAUGGCCGGUAAUGGAGAGGCGUCCUGGUGCUUCUCACAGAUCAAGGGCGCCUUGGACGAUGAUGUCACUGAUGCGGAUAUCAUAUCCUGCGUGGAGUUCAAUCACGAUGGCGAGCUGCUGGCCACGGGCGAUAAAGGAGGUCGCGUCGUCAUCUUUCAGCGUGAUCCCGCCUCGAAAACCGCCAAUCCGCGACGCGGUGAAUAUAAUGUCUAUUCGACAUUCCAAUCGCACGAGCCUGAAUUUGAUUAUCUUAAAUCGCUGGAAAUCGAGGAGAAAAUCAAUAAGAUACGAUGGCUGCAUCAAAAGAAUCCCGUGCACUUUUUGCUGUCCACCAAUGAUAAAACGGUAAAAUUAUGGAAGGUCAGUGAGCGCGAUAAGUCGUUCGAGGGCUACAACACAAAAGAGGAGAACGGUCUGAUUAGAGAUCCACAAAAUGUAACCGCCUUACGAGUUCCUUCAGUGAAGCAAGUACCGCUUAUGGUGGAGGCCUCGCCACGUCGCACCUUUGCCAAUGCACACACCUAUCACAUCAAUUCAAUUAGCGUUAAUUCUGACCAAGAGACUUUCCUAUCGGCCGAUGAUUUGCGUAUUAACCUCUGGCAUCUGGAGGUGGUCAAUCAGAGUUACAAUAUUGUUGACAUCAAGCCAACCAACAUGGAAGAGCUAACGGAAGUCAUCACCGCAGCCGAAUUCCAUCCGACCGAAUGCAAUGUGUUUGUCUACUCCAGCUCCAAGGGCACAAUACGAUUAUGUGAUAUGCGCUCGGCGGCGCUUUGCGAUCGCCAUAGCAAACAAUUCGAGGAGCCCGAAAAUCCAACGAAUCGUAGUUUCUUUAGUGAGAUUAUAAGCUCCAUAAGUGAUGUCAAGCUAAGUAACUCAGGCCGCUACAUGAUCUCCAGAGACUAUUUAAGCAUCAAGGUGUGGGACUUGCACAUGGAGACAAAACCCAUUGAGACUUAUCCGGUUCAUGAAUAUCUACGCGCCAAGCUGUGCUCGCUGUAUGAGAAUGACUGUAUCUUUGAUAAGUUCGAGUGUUGUUGGAAUGGCAAGGAUAGCUCCAUAAUGACCGGCAGUUACAAUAACUUCUUCCGGGUCUUUGAUCGUAACUCGAAAAAGGAUGUCACGCUGGAGGCAUCCAGGGACAUUAUAAAGCCCAAGACAGUCCUUAAGCCACGCAAAGUUUGCACUGGCGGCAAACGAAAGAAAGAUGAAAUCAGCGUCGACUGUCUGGACUUCAAUAAGAAAAUCUUGCACACUGCUUGGCAUCCCGAGGAGAAUAUCAUCGCUGUGGCCGCGACUAAUAAUCUGUUCAUAUUUCAGGACAAAUUUUAGCUAAAACUACUAUUGCAAGCAUUGUACACAUCCACGCCAAUUACUAGGGCCUCGGCACAGCCUUGGCAACAGUGGCAACAUUCGCCUCAUUUAAAUGUUUAUUCGAUUGGUUUGUUUCAAAAGCGCUAUCAAAUUUCCCAUAAACUGUUUGCCUAAUGUUUUUCCAGGACCCUUACACACACACACACCCAUGUACACAUAUAUACACUCACUUACAUAUAAACACAUACACAUAAAUGCCAUAGCAAAAGCUUUGUAACAUUUUUCCUUAGUGGUACAAGAUAAAUAAACAUUUUUUAUACAUAGAUAAAAUUAAAAAAAUGGUGAAGCAGAAAUUUAAUUUUCAUUGUAGCGUAAUUAAAGAAACAAUCGAAUUAUCCAACGUAGUGCCCCCAAGAUUUUUUAUAUGUAUACAUAAUUACGCGCCCAAGUAUUUCUAAUAAACAAAAAAUAUUAACAUUAAAAAAACACACACACACACACACAAAAUGCAUAUUGUAAUACCAAGCUCGUUCGUUUUAUGUUCGCUUGUUAAGUUUAAGAACAAAAUCGGAAAUCAUAAAGUUGGACACAAAAGUUGUGCGCUUUGUUUUGUUGUA